AUGGCCCUCCUUGUUCGACCAGUAGAACACUAUCCGGGUAUCGCAAAAUUUGGGUCAAGAUAUGUUUUCGUUACCAUGGAAAAGACAAUAGGGAUGCAAAAUUAUGAGAAUUAUGAAAAUUACAUCACCCUGGUAACGUCGUCGGCUCACACUAAAGAUGUCCGGCUUGAUGAGAAACCAUUGACCGGUGUCCAAUGGCAAAAAGUCCCUCAACUCGGCUACUCCGUUGCAAGGAUGCAGGUGGCGUACGGUUCACACAUGGUGGACAGUGUCGCCUCCAGCAGUCCAUGUGCUAUCCAGGUUUACGGCUAUUCCAGGGGAGAAGGCGAGGCGUAUGGAUACACCGCAGUGUCAACUUGCAGUAAACAGUGCUCUGACUUGGACCUGUCCUCAAUAAUGACGGACUCCCAGUUGAAGACGGGCAUCGCGGAGCUCGUCAACCAGGUGGGAUCGGACGCCACUGAGGACCAGUGCAAGGGGGCGUGUCUCAACACCGUCCGCACCAUCCCCGUGCAGGCAUGUCCCAAGAUCUGUUCCUCAUUUCUCUUCUAUACACAGAAAUAUUACUCCAAUUGAAGCAAACGACGAGACAAGAAAUAAAAUUUCUGUUGAAAUCGAAUACACAAUCAAACA